CAGACCUCUCGCGUAACACCGGCGCACGGGCAUGCCGCUCAGCAUUUCCCGCACCCUCAACCCCCCCCGUCGGCAGAUCUGAGCCCGAACCCUAAACGAGGGACUUCGCUCGGCUGCGGUCGCCUCCGUCGCGCUGUCACUCUCCGGUGACCAGAUGACUCCGGAGGCUGGUUCUGUUGUUGCUCUGACGUCAGUGCGAGCUGCAGCGAAGCUGACAACAUGGGUAUAAAAGCGGGUUUGGAGCGCUGGCGCUCCGGCGCUCCAAGCUCCUUCCCUGCACCGGGUAAACGCCAGGCUGCCCCACGAGGGUGCGCUGAGGGGAUCAAGAUGCACUCCCGGAGCCUCGCGUCCGUCGUUGUACUCCAGCUGGCUUUCUGCACCGUGCUGCGCGGUGCCAAAUGGACAUACAGUGGGCCAGAAGGAGAGCACCACUGGUCCAAGAAUUAUCCAUAUUGUGGUGGAGCUUUCCAGUCUCCAAUAGACAUCAAGUCAGAUCUGCUAAGGUUUGACCCUACUUUGCGUCCGAUUGAGGUUCAGAACUACAACCUGUCACCCGAUGAGCAGCUCACUCUUGGAAAUAAUGGACAUUCCGUGCAAAUCUCCCUGCCCUCUAAGAUGCAUAUCUCCAGCCUUCCUCAUCGUUACACUGCAGCUCAACUGCAUUUCCACUGGGGCUCGUCCAGCAGACCUGCCGGCUCUGAACACAGGGUGAACAGUAAGCAGUAUGCAGCUGAGAUGCAUGUGGUACACUUCAAUUCAGACAAGUACCCCAAUAUGUCCAUGGCUGUAGACAAAUCUGAUGGCCUGGCGGUACUGGGUGUCCUGGUUGAGGUUGGUGAGUUCAAUCCUGCCUUUGAACAGUUUCUGAAGUUCAUCAAUGGGAUUAAAUACAGAGAUCAGAGAGUGCAAGUGCCCGGUUUCAACAUCAGAGCACUGCUGCCUCCAAGUUUGGAUCAGUAUUAUCGCUACGAUGGGUCACUGACAACUCCUCCGUGCUAUCCUAGUGUACUGUGGACAGUGUUCAAGAAUCAUGUAACAAUAUCUCGCAAACAGUUUCUGGCCCUGGCAACAGCCCUCUACUCCUCCCAUACCCAGGACUCAGCCCCUGUGCCACUGAAUGGCAACUACAGGAAACCACAGCUUGCCGACAGCCGAGUUGUCCUGGUAUCUUUUAAGGAGGGCAAAGGACUGCAUGGCACUCUUACAGCCACAUCUCCACUCACGAGGAAGCGAAUCAUUCAGCAGCUGCUGGUUGGCGACCUAGCAGACCUUGCUGAUGAAGGGCUCUAUCAGCUCCUACCGACUCACUCAGAGAAGCUCCAUACUGGCAAGAAGAAAGUCAAGAACGACCUCAAGAACCAGCAGACUGAGACUCUGGCCAAGUCCAAACAACAGACGCUGAAUCCAUCCCUGUGGAAGAAGAGCCAGACCAACCGCUCCGUGGGAAAGUUAGGGCUGGCUGAAGACGCACUCUGCUACGUCUUGCUAGAGCAGAGAGUUUUCCAUCAGCUCAGACAGUCCCACACUGAGAACCAGCUGGUUCACGCUCUCAGAGAUGCAGUUUUCCCUGAGCUCAACCUCAAGAGCUACCUGGACUGUAAAUCCGAUUUAGCCCUCCCAACUGUCAGACAUAUUCUCCGCGGACGGCCAACAGACGAGGCAUUUGAGUUGGAUCGCUCUCUGACAAAAGCCUUGAUGAAUCAGAAGAAGACCUCCACAGCAAUCAAUCAAAUUGUGCCAAAGACAAACUAUGGCAGUUUCUCCCCUGCCUCUGUUUCCAGGAGACCACACAGCCAGGGUUAUCCACAUCCUUGGCUUUUGCCAAUGGAGUGGGAAGACUAGAGAGAUUCCUGACAUAGUUGAGACUCACAUUAUGUCACUUUCUGUAGCAGACAACAGUUGUGUGUCCUACAAUGAAAGACUAAAGUCACGCCCUGCAUUCCUUUGACCAAUGUUUCUCACAGAUGUAUUUAAUAUUUAAAUUAUUAUUUCCAGUAUGUGCACAUAAUUAUAGAUUCUAUCAGGAGGAAAGAGUGUAUUAUGAGUUAAUUUACUGUAGUUAUUGUUUUUGCAAACUUCCUCAACUGCAUAACCAGUCAUCACUAGUGACUCUGCUUAGUACUCUGUAAGCCGAUUCUAAAACAUUAAGCCAAUCUGAAUAUGUACAUUUUUGUCGUGGAGAUUUGCAAAAAUGAGAAAUGGUUUCCUUUUUCACAAUAGUUCUGUUUGCAUAACUUUGCCUUUGAAUAAACUUCUCCAUAGCACGUAUUUCAUGCUUGAAAAUCUAUAUGCAUCAAGCUACAUGUAGUACAGAAAAUGUCUGGCAAGGAACAUUUACAUUGUUAUACUGUUUGCCAAGUUCAGGUCUAUAGGGGCUAAUUGUGGAGCUAACUAGUAAUUAUUGCCUUGCAUAAUAUAGAAAUGCAGACAUAAACCAAAAGAACUUGCAAGAGCUAAAGCGCUUUACAUAACAUAUCUAUGUUCUCUGACACUACGCACAUCUGUACAAAUUGCCAUUUACAAUA